GUUGAGCCCUUUGCCCCAGAGCGGGAUUCCAAGCGAGGUGUUGGAAUCUGAGCGGCCUUGUAAGGCUUCGAGACACCGUCCCGGCCGGGCCUGGGCCCCGCUGCCUGCCUGCCUACCCGGAGGUUCCCCCUUGCCUCCUUCGGACCUCCUUCCCCGCCCCUUCGGACAUGACCAUGCUGCCCAACACAGGGAAGUUGAGAGGAUGCACUCUUUUCAUCACGGGUGCAAGUCGUGGCAUUGGAAAAGCAAUUGCCUUGAAGGCAGCCAGGGAUGGGGCGAACAUUGUGAUAGCUGCCAAGACAGGAGUGCCACAUCGUACACUCCCAGGAACCAUCUACACUGCUGCAGAAGAAAUUGAAGCAGCUGGAGGAAAGGCGUUACCAUGUAUUGUCAAUGUAAGAGAAGAAGAACAAAUAGCUGAAGCGGUGAAUAAGGCUGUUCAGACAUACGGAGGGAUAGAUGUUCUUGUGAACAAUGCAAGCGCUAUCUCCUUGACUGGCACCCUGGAAACAUCGACAAAAAAAGUGGACCUCAUGAUGAGUGCCAACACAAGAGGGACCUAUCUUACAUCUAAACUAUGUCUGCCUUACUUGAGGAAAAGUAAGAUCGGUCAUAUUCUUAAUAUCAGCCCACCGAUAAACUUGAAUCCUGUCUGGUUUAGAAGUCACUGUGCCUAUACUAUUUCUAAAUAUGGAAUGUCGAUGUGUGUACUUGGGAUGGCAGAAGAAUUUAGAGGAGAAGUCGCAGUUAAUGCUUUGUGGCCUCAAACAGCUAUAUACACUUCUGCUAUGGAUAUGCUGGGAGGAGCCGGGGUAGAGAAACAGUGCAGAAAAACGGAUAUUCUUGCAGAUGCUGCAUAUUGCAUUUUAACAAAGCCUAAAAGCUUCACUGGAAAUUUUGUUAUCGAUGAAACUUUGCUGAGAGAAGAAGGAGUGAAGAAUUUUGAUGCAUAUGCAGUUGCACCAGGUCAUCCAUUGCUACCAGAUUUCUUUUUAGAUGUGGAUCCUGAUACGCUAGCAAUGAAAAUGGAAGCGCAUGGGGCUUCUCCAGUAUUCAGAGAAGGAAAGAAGCAAGACUUACCCAAGCAUGAAGGUCCUGACAAAGCUAAAGCAGAAGGUCCGGAAAGAGGGAAGCAUCAUGUGCACUUUGCAGCCAAGAACUCGGGGGGCCCAGUGGUGGAAACAUUUAAGAUUAUAAAAGGAGCAAUCAACGAAGAGGUUGUCAAGUCAGUCCAAGGCAUUUAUCAGUUUGAAUUAUCUGGUGAAGAAGGAGGAACGUGGUACCUUGACCUUAAAAACAAAGGGGGCAGUGCAGGAAGUGGAGAGGCACCUGAGAAAGCUGAUGUGAUCAUGAGCAUAUCCAGCAGUGACUUUGUGAAAAUGUUUUCAGGCAAACUAAAGCCAACCAUAGCUUUCAUGUCUGGAAAACUGACCAUUAAGGGUGACAUGGCCUUAGCGAUCAAGCUGGAAAAACUGAUGGGCCAGUUCAGUGCCAAACUGUGAUAACAUUAAAAAGCGGGGGUAGGGCGUGGUUUUGUGUGUCACAUUGACUUUUCAAUAAAUGUGCAACGCUUUACUGUGGAAGCGCGCUAAUGUUUGCUUUUAACACAUUAUGAUUUAAUUCAUAAGUUUUAUAAUUUCCUAAGUUGUAUUUCGUUUGUAGAAUAUAUGGAACCAGUCCUAACUAGAUUUACUGGAGAUCAAAUUGUAUUGCUCUAAAGUGGGACUAAUUUUUAGAGAUUGUUUAUAGGAUCAGUGUUGGCCAUAUAUCUAUUUCAUAAGAGAAGUCAUGUUGGAUCAGGCCAGUGACCCAUCCAGUCCAACACCCUGUGUCACACAGUGGUUAACACCCAGGUGUCAUCAAGAGGGCCACUAGUGGAGCCAAAACGCCAGAAGCCCCCCCAGUGUUACCUCCCCAAGCAUCAAGAAUGCAGAGCAUCACUGCCUGAGACAUAGUGUUGCAUCCAUACCUUGCAGCUAAUAGCCACAGAUGGACUUCUGCUGCAUAUGUUAUCCCCUCUUGAAGCUGCCUAUGCUUGUAGUUGCCACCACUUCCUGUAGCAGUGAAUUCCACAUGUUAAUUACUGUUUGGAUGAAGAAGUACUUCCUUGUAUCUGUUCUAAAUCUUAAUUUUAUUGAGUGUCCAUGAAUUCGUGUAUUGUGAGAAAAGGAGAAAAGUACUUCUUUCUCUACCCUCUAUUCUAUGCAUAAUUUUGUAAACCUCUAUCAUGUCACCCCUCAGUAGAUAUUUCUCCAAGCUAAAGAUAACUUCUUCAAACUUCUCCAAACUUCUUCAGCCUUUUUUCAAGGGGAAAGUGUUUCAUCCCCUUAAUAAUUACAGUUGCCCUUUUCUGGACUUUUUCCAAUGCUAUAAUAUCUCUUUUGAUGUGUGAUGACCAGAACUGUACACAGUAUUCCAAAUUUCUUCUGAUGACAAUUUGCACAUGAACACUUGUUCCUUUGGUACAAUCACGUCAGCCCUGUUUAGGUUAGAGGAAGCUACCUUCUGCCUUGUUUCUGUCAUCUUUCCAAAUGUGAAGAUUCACUACAGAUAAGUGACUGUACCUGAUUGCAUUUUUUUUAAAAAAAAGCAUAGCACUGAUGGAGUUAAUAUAAGCUAGUUCUUCAACUGAAGAAAGCGCUGAUCUUGUUCUGGUGAGUUUAGCUUCAGGCCUGAAGUUGCAAAUCUUUGGGAGCCAGCAUGGUGUGGGAGUCAAAGUGGUGUAGUGGUUAAGAGCAGUGGACACUAAUCUGGAAAACUGGGCUUGAUUCCCCACAUCUCCACAUGGAGCCUGCUGGGUGGCCUUGGGCCAGUCACAGUCCUCUUGGAACUCUCUCAACCCCACCUACCUCACAAGGUGCCUCUUGUGGGAAGAGGAAGGGGAAGCAAUUGUUAUCUACUUUGUGACUCCUUAAGGUAGAGAAAAGCAGGGUAUAAAAACCUGCUCUUCCUUUUCAUGUUGCAGAGCCCAGUGGGAAAAUGCCAUUGUUCAGUGCCACUGAAUUACCUCAAAAGUGCCUUUGACUUUUGCUUCUGGUAUUGGUGCUUUGGAGUUUUUAUGUUCCUUUAAAUAUUUUUAAAGUGUUGUUUUCUACAUGGGUUUCAAUUACGCAGUCUCCCCCCUUUACGGAAUUCUAAAUUCAGAGACUUUAAGCAGGGAAAAACCAGAGAUUUGCCUUAAUUUUUUAAUCUUUUAAUUCUCAUAUUUUAAAUGCCUUUGCUGCUGUGAAAACUCAGUUACUACUGAAGUCUACUUAUAAAGUUAGCUGAAAUAAAAUGUAUUGUUUCUGU